UCUUGCUAGCAAAACAUAACUAAGUAGAAUACAACAUUGUUAUUUUUAUCCACUCUCACUCUUCACAUACCUUACACACAACAUGAGUCCUUCUGAGUUUACAUUAUCAUCCUCUGCAGAAGAAGUUAUUCCUUCUGAGUUUACAUUAUCUUCCACUGCAGAGGAAGUUACUCAUGGGAUCGAUGGAAGUGGUCUUGCUGCGAUUGUUACAGGAACAACACAUGGUAUUGGCAUUGAGACUGCAAGAGUUCUUGCCUUGCGUGGUGUUCAUGUGAUUAUGGGAGUGAGAAAUAUUAAUGCUGGAAAAAUUGUUAGAGAAGAAAUACUUAAGGAGAUUCCUAAAGCUAAAGUUGAUGUAAUGGAGUUAGAUUUAAGUUCAAUGGCAUCUGUUAGAAAAUUUGCAUCAGAAUUCAAUUCCUCUUCUCUUCCAUUGAACAUUCUCAUAAACAAUGCAGGAAUUUGUGCACCACCUUUCACACUCUCCAAAGACAACAUUGAACUACAAUUUGCCACAAAUCAUUUAGGUCAUUUUCUUUUAACAAACCUUUUGUUAGACACUAUGAAGAAAACAGCAAAUGAAAGCAAGAAAGAAGGAAGAAUUAUUAAUGUCUCAUCUGAUGGUCACGGUUAUACAUAUGAUGAAGGAAUCCUUUUUGAUAACAUUAAUGAUGAAUCAAGUUACCAAAGAUGGAGGGCAUAUGGUCAAUCUAAGCUUGCUAACAUUUUACAUGCCAAUGAACUUGCAAGAAAUUUCAAGGAAGAUGGGGUUGGUAUUACUGCAAAUUCUCUUCAUCCAGGAUGUAUUGGCACCAAUAUUGUAAGUCGUGAGGUUGGUCAAACUAUGCCGCUAGAUCUACGAAAAAGCCUAGGGAAAAUUGUAGUUAAAACUAUCCAACAGGGAGCAGCAACAACAUGCUAUGUAGCAUUGAACCCAAAAGUGAAGGGUAUUAGUGGAAAGUUUUUUUGUGACAGUAAUGUGGCUGAACCAAGCUCACUGGGAAAAGACACUGAUUUGGCAAAGAAACUUUGGGAUUUCAGCAUGAAUUUAAUUAAAUAGAAUAUCCAAAAGUAUAUGUACUUUUAUGUUACAGGCACCAAUAUUGCAAUUUAUCUAUUUUAAUUACUUUAAUUCCAGUUUAAUAAAUUAAGUGUUUCUUGAAACACAGUUGUUUGUGAUGAAGUAUCUAGUGUUUUAGAAUUGGCAUUGCAGAGAAAAUAUUAUAUUUCCAUGUUAGUAUGGAUUGAUCAGAAGUUACGACUUGAUGGUGUAUCAGAUCAUAACGCCAAAUUUGUCUCACUACG